AUGUCAGAUAUUAAAGGUGAAGGCGUACCAAAUCCGCGGUGUGAACAAGAUCUAAACGGUCCAGGAAGUCUGGACGAUAUAACAAAGCAAAUCAAAGAUUUUAUUGGACCUCUUGAUCAGUUUUUGGAUCUAGCAAAUUCUCCUCGAAUAAGUGCCGGUCCAGCUGUAAACACACGACCGAGAGGACAAACCGGUACAGGCCCCUCAGACAUUGGACAACCUGGAGGAGUCCCCAGUACAGGUCCCUCGGAUGGAGGACAACCCGGGGGUUUCCCUGGUACAGGUCCCUCUGGUGGUGGACAACCCGGGGGUUUCCCUGGUUCACGACCAUUUGGAAACAGGAGAUUGCCUGGAACUGGUCCAAACGCUGGCGGAAAUCCCAAUAGAGGUGGAUUACCUUCACUAGGACACAGGGGUAUUGGACCAACACUAAGUGGACAACCAGGGAGACCACUUAAUCCGAAUCAAGCUGGAUUUGGACAUCCUAGAGACCAAUUUUUAAAUCUAGGACUGUCACCAAGAAGACCAGGAGGCAUCGGUCCUUUGCAUGCUGGUCAUCCAUUGAUGAGACAUAGAGGUAUUGGUCCAACUUUAAGUGGACAUCCUAGACGGCCAUUCGAUUUAAAUCCACGAGAUUUUUUAAAUCGAAGAUUUCCAUCCAAUAAUGGACAACUGAACAGAAGGACAGGUGAACCAGAAGGACAAACAGGUACAGGACAUCCUGGGCAUAGAACUGGCGGACCAGGCGACGGAACUGGAAACCCAUGGGACGGUACUGGUGGACCAGGAGACGGAAAUAACCGGCCAUGGGACGGUACUGGCGGACCAGGAGAUGGUAAUGGCGGACCAGGAAAUAAUAAUGGUGGACCAGGAGAUGGUAAUGGCGGACCAGGAAAUGGUAAUGGCGGACCAGGAAAUAAUAAUGGUGGACCAGGAAAUGAUAAUGGCGGACCAGGAAAUAAUAAUGGCGGACCAGGAAAUAAUAAUGGCGGACCAGGAACUGAUAAUGGCGGACCAGGUAAUAAUAAUGGCGGACCAGGAUCUGAUAAUGCCGGACCAGGAACUGGUAAUGGUGGACCAGGAAAUAAUAAUGGCGGACCAGGAAGUAAUAAUGGUGGACCAGGAAAUAAUAAUGGCGGACCAGGAUCUGAUAAUGGUGGAUCAGGAGAUGGUAAUGUUGGGCCAGGAAAUGAUAAUGGCGGACCAGGAUCUGAUAACGGCGGACCAGAUACUGUUAAUGGUGGACCAGGAGAUGACAAUGACGGAUCAGGAACUGAUAAUGGCGGAAUAGGAGAUGAUAAUGGCGGACCAGGAAAUAAUAAUGGUGGAUCCGGAGAUGGUAAUGGCGGACCAGGAAAUGAUAAUGGCGGACAAGGAUCUGAUAAUGGCGGACCAGGAACUGGUAAUGGUGGAUCAGGAGAUGGUAAUGGCGGACCAGGAAAUAAUAAUGGCGGACCAGGAAAUAAUAGUGGUGGACCAGGAGAUGGUAAUGGUGGACCAGGAAAUAAUAAUGGCGGAUCAGGAAAUGGUAAUGGCGGACCAGGAGAUAAUAAUGGCGGACCUGGAAAUGAUAAUGGCGGUCCAGGAGCUGAUAAUGGCGGUCCAGGAGCUGAUAAUGGUGGACUUGGAAAUGGAAACGGCAAUGUUAACCCAUAUGAUGACACUGGAAACGGUGAUGGCAGUAGAAACAACGGGGACGGUAAGGGAAACGGAGAUAAUAGUGGAAACAACGGCGACGGUAAUGGAAACGGAGAAGGUAUUGGAAACGGAGAUAAGAGUGGAAACAACGGUGACGGUAAGGGAAACGGAGACGGAAAUGGAAGCGGAGAUGGUAAUGGAAACAACGGCGACGGAAAUGGAAACGGAGAAGGUAGUGGAAACGGAGAUAAGAGUGGAAACAACGUUGACGGUAAGGGAAACGGAGAUGGAAAUGGAAGCGGAGAUGGAAAUGGAAGCGGAGAUGGUAGUGGAAACAACGGAGAUGGUAGUGGAAACAACGGAGACGGUAGUGGAAGCGGAGACGAUAGUGGAAACAACGGCGACAGUAGUGGAAGCGGAGACGAUAGUGGAAAAAACGGUGACGGUAGUGGAAACAACGGCGACGGAAGUGGAAGCGGAGACGAUAGUGGAAACAACGGCGACGGUAGUGGAAACAACGGAGACGGAAACACAGAUGAUGGAACUGGAAAUACAGGAGAUGGUGAUAACGACGGGAAAGAUGGUAAAACAAAAAGUCCUACUGAAGACGAAGAUCCGAGGAACGGUGUACCAGGAUUUAUAGAUCCAUUUUUUACGCACCAUAAAGGAAAACACGUUGCUUUCGUUAUACCAAAUUUAACUCACGCUUUAAGAAAGCACAUACCCGGACAUGAACAUGACACUACAAAACAAUCAAUUAAACCAACAACUCCAAUGCCAACUGUCAUGUCUGCAAAACCAGGAAGUGGUAAUUCGAGACCAAUGAAUAACGGGGGAAGAUCGCCAUCUAGUGGAGGACCGAGCUCUGGUGGAAGAUCGCCAUAUGGUGGAGGACCCAGAUCGGGAUACGGAGGGGGUCAACCUAAGUAUGUACCAAGAAGACAUCCAGUUGUUCAACCGAGAUAUAAUCCACAUUACGGAGUCGGUGGACCAUUAGGAGGGUAUGGAUCAGCUAAUAGACAUGGAUUUGGUUCAAUGAGACGACCUAGUCCAAGGACAUUUAAGUCAGACUAUGGAAAAUAAUAAAACUGUGACUAGUUAGUUGAUCUUAAGUAAAUAAAUUAUAUAUAUUUUGAGAA